AGUGUAAUAUAGCCUUUACGUUUGACAAUUUCGUUGCAAGUUGCAAGUUAUGAAUGACAUAUCGUCUGUGUGUGACUGCGUAGUUUACUUAUUUACAAUAUAUACGGAAUAAUUCUCUCUUUCAUAAACAAGAGAGAAUAUAUAUAUUUUCGCCCACAUUAUUUAUAUAUAUUCCCGUUAAAUUAUUACGAAGUAAAUAUUUCAUUUCGUGUUAGGUUAGCCGGUAUUUAGCAGAUCGUGAAAUUAACAAAAAAUAUUUUCAGUGAUGAGAAAAAUAUUAUUGCGGUUUGCUCCUUGAUAAAUUAUUAUAAUAAAUUACAGCCAAAUUCUUUAAGUAUUCAUUAUGGCAACACCAAAAUUUCCUAUGAAAGAAACACAGUUAUUACCUGAUCAACAUGAAUUUGUUGUGCCAAAAAAGCAUAUCAAAAUUCCGACUGACAUGGCAGCUUGGCAAAAGUCUGAAGCAUACUUUGAAUAUUUGGGAUUUAUUUUAACAUUAAAUGAAGCUGUUCAAGGCAAAGCUUUAGAUGCAGAGUGUUCACAAUCUUCUUUAGUGAAUAAUGUUGUACAAAUGUUAAACAAAUUUGAUGAAUGGAUAACAGAAAUUCCACCCACUGAACAGCCCCAACGAUUCGGUAAUAAAUCAUUUCGUACAUGGCAUGAAAGACUACAACAGAAUGCAGUAGAGGAAUUGAAACAGGUAUUGCCAGAAGAAUUACAUCGUGCAAUCAUAGAGAUAGUUCAGUAUUUAUGUGAGAGCUUUGGAAAUCCAACUCGUAUAGACUAUGGAACAGGCCAUGAAAUGGCUUUUCUCAUGUUUCUCUGCUGCAUGUUUAAAAUAGGCGCAUUUAAAAAUGAGGAUAAAGUUGCUGUUGUAAUAAAAGUAUUUAAUAGGUAUCUUGAAUUGGUACGUAAACUUCAGUUGACGUAUCGUAUGGAACCAGCAGGUAGCCAUGGUGUUUGGAGUUUAGAUGAUUAUCAAUUUGUACCUUUUAUAUGGGGAAGUGCUCAGCUUAUUGGACACGCUCGGAUAGAACCUCGUCAUUUUGUAGAUCAAGGUAUUGUAGAAGCUUACAGCAAGAAAUACAUGUUCCUUGGCUGCAUUGAAUUUAUUUCACAGGUGAAAAUAGGACCUUUUGCCGAACAUUCAAAUCAAUUGUGGAAUGUUAGCGCAGUAUCCUCAUGGCCAAAAGUAAACAGUGGUCUUAUCAAAAUGUAUAAAGCAGAGGUAUUGGCAAAGUUUCCUGUUAUACAACAUGUCUUCUUUGGCUCCUUGUUACCAUUAACACCAAUGAAUGCUCCCCCGAACAGAGGAGCUAGUCUCAAUGUAUCAUCACCACCAUCAGGAAAAACCUAAUGAAAACGAAAUGGCAUGCAUAUUAAAUAUGUUUAUUCUGUGUGGAUUGUUUUAUUCCCACUAUUUAGAAUAAAAUUAUACAUUAUUCUUACA